CUGACGUCACUGCUGUCAGCAAAAAGAAAGCAUGGCGGCGUCCUGUGCGCGAGCCGUGGGAUCGUUUUUGGGAAAAUGUGGGAAUUGCGGCUCGAGUUUAAACCCGCUCGCGUCGCAGGUGAGCCGACAGGAAAUAUACAGCAAAAUCCUAAACUUGGAGAAGUACCAAGAUCGUCUGAGAACCAAGGGACUCUUCGUAAAGGACGCCAAGCAGAUCUCUCUCAGCUCAAGCAGAUGGCGCACAAAGGACGAACUGCAAGUGUUGCUGGUCGAGACCAUCUCCGAUUAUGACUACAAACGCUUCAUCCAGGUGAUGGAGCGCCUGCUGUCCAGCCUACUGGCAGCAUAAGAGGAAGGAGUUUGUACCUCAGAAGGUCGGAGAAAGUCGUCCAUUUCCUCUGUGAUUCUCCGAGACUGCGGCUCCGGACGCAUCACCAUCAACGGCCUGGGAUACCUGGACUACUUCCCCGCACUACAAGACAGAGAGCAGCUGAUGUUCCCGCUGCAGUUCACGGGCAUGCUGGGACGCUUCGACCUGGAGUGCACCGCGAGCGGCGGCGGGCGGGCCAGCCAGGCAGGGGCGCUGCGACUGGCCAUCUCUCGGGCCCUGCUCAGCUUCCUGUCCGAGGGGGAGGGGGAGACCAUGAGACAAGCCGGUCUGCUGACCCCUGACCCGAGAGUGCGGGAGAGGAAGAAGCCGGGCCAGGCGGGAGCACGAAAGAAAUUCACCUGGAAGAAACGCUGAGGAACUGAGCUCAAACAUAAAACAUUCAGACAAAAACAUUGUGUUUCCCAGAGUCGCUUCUGUCCUCUUCGGUUUGUUUCAUCCCUCGGAAAGAACAAAACGGCUCGACUGUCUAGCAGGCCGUCAUUGUUUCUAAAAGCAGCUCAGACUCAACAAGCUGCAGUGAGCCUCUUCAGCCACCAGAUGGAAGUGUGUGUCCAGGAAUAAAUGAGAAGGUUGAAUAUAUUUAUCAGUAUAUUAAACAAUAAAUAUGAUUUUUCACAGAAAA